UGCUUGCUAGGACGCAGUGAGGGAUGCUAGGGGCGUGGCCUGUUGCCAGGGUGCGCGUUGCUAGGGGCGGGGCCUAAUUGCCCGGAGCGGGGCGCUAUUGGCUGUUGCCAGGGCCGGUUGUCAGGGGCGGGGCCUAUCGCCAUGGUAACCAGGUGCCGCGGGCGCCGCGCGGUGCACUGUGGGCCGGUGGCGGUCCGAGCCGGCCCACAGUGCCCCGCGGCAGCGGCAUGGAGCAGUACAUCGUGCUGGGCCGCAUCGGCGAGGGCGCGCACGGCGUCGUGUUCAGGGCCAAGCACCGCGAGACCGGGGAGCUGGUGGCUCUCAAGAAGGUGCCGCUGCGGCGCCCCGAGGAGGGGCUGCCCCCCCAGACCCUGCGCGAGAUCAAGGCCCUGCGCGAGAUGGAGGCCCACCCCCACGUGAUCCGGCUCCGGGCCGCCUUUGCCCAGGGCCCCGCGGUGGUUCUGGCCCUGGAGCUGCUGGUGGGGGACCUGGGGGGGCUCCUGCGCGCGGCCCCCGCCCCGCUGCCCCCGGCCCGCGUCAGGGCCCUGCUGGCCAUGACCCUGCGGGGGCUGGGCCACGUGCACGGCCAGCGCCUGCUGCACCGGGACCUCAAACCGGCCAAUCUGCUGCUGGACAGCGCCGGCCGCCUCAAGCUGGCGGAUUUCGGGCUGGCGCGGGUGCUGGGCCCCCCCUCGGGGCGCCCCUACAGCCACCAGGUGGCCACCAGGUGGUACCGAGCCCCCGAGCUGCUCUACGGCGCCCGGCACUACGACGAGGGCGUGGAUUUGUGGGCCGUGGGCUGCAUUUUCGGGGAGCUGCUGACGCUGUCGCCGCUGUUCCCGGGCGAGAACGACAUCGAGCAGCUGUGCUGCGUGCUGCGGGCGCUGGGCACGCCCAGCCCGCGGGACUGGCCGGAGCUGUCGGAGCUGCCGGAUUUCCCCAAGCUGCGGUUCCGGCCCGCGGGCGGCGCCGCCGCUCAGCAGCUGGUGCCGGGCGCGGAGCCGGCUGCGCUGGACCUGCUGCGGCGGCUGCUGCGCUACCGGGCACGGCUGCGCCCGCGGGCACACCAGGCCCUGCUGCACCCCUUCUUCUUCGGGCCCCACGAGCUGACCCCACCCCCGCCCCCGGGGGGCUCGCAGCCCCCCGACUUCAGCCUGGACACGGCGCUGGAGCUGCCCCCCCGGGGGGGCCCUGGGACCCCUCCCCAGCCUGGGGGACCCCCACUGACCCCCCCCGGGGGGCCCUGGGACCCCCUCCCCCCAGCCUGGGGGACCCCUGAGACCCCCCCCAGGGACCCUGGGACCCCUCCCCCAGGACCCCCCAGAUUUCCCCCCGGAUUUGGGGGGGACCCCAGACCCCCCCAGCCCCAAACCAGCGCCCCAGGAGCAGCAAAAUCAGGGGGAAUGUGA